AUUCAGAAUACGGCAAUCACAAGGUCUCCUGUUAUCAACGAAGACAUGUUUCUAAGCUUGGUGGACUUCCAGACUGUUUUGGGUGGAUCACUCAAAACAUGUUUACUCAUUGGUAAUUAUUUACGCAAUCUUCUUAUCUAUUGUACUCUCGUGGCCUCUGGCUAAGUAUUGAUGUUUUUUUUUCAGAUGUGAUUGGUCAAGUUGUGGACUUGGGAGAUCUUGAAACUAUUCAAGUCUCAGGCAAACCAAGGAUAUAAGUGGAGUUUACCCAUUGCGACAUGAAGUUUGUAUUCCUGACUAAGCUAUUUUUUUUAGAUAUCAAGUUAAAUUGGUGAUGCUGAUAUUUUUCUUUAUAUUUUAAAUAGUGAUGCUCGUGUUCCCUGCUGUCUGUGGGGUAAAUUUGCGGAGAUCCUCUACGAGGGGUGUAGUAAAGACGAAGAAGGGAAGCCUAUUUGUCUAAUAAGGUUUGCAAAGAUCGGGAGAUUUAGAGGUAUAAGCUUAUUUCAAUAUAUUAAUGACCUUAUAAUAAUGUUUGUAAGGAACGUGUUAUAACAUAGAUUUACUUAUAAAAAAUCUUCAGGUGAACUCCAAAUCACCAAUGCUUUUGAGGCAUCACUGCUCUUGAUUAAUCCUGACAUAGCAGAAACUGCAGCUUUCAAACAAAUGUUUGUUGAUGAGGUUAAACCCCUCGCCAUUUGUGAGGGUCGUGAUGAGAUACUUGAUUUGGAAGAGGUGAAAAGUAUCCAAGACAAGCGUGACAAAUGGAUGCUCUUUCCCAAGAGAACCAUCCAUGGACUUCUUGAAUCCACUCAGGUGGAGAAGUGCUUGGUCGAGUGCGAAGUCUAUGCUAUUGACUCGGAUUGGGGAUGGUAUUACUUUGGCUGCUGCACAUGCAACAAAAAGGUUGUGAAAGUGGGAACUUUAGUUAAGACAAUUCAUGGAAAGGAGGUCACUACACAUCUCUGGUGGUGUGAGGUGUGCAAAGAGAAUGUUUCAAGUGUGUCACCAAGGUGAGAAUUUUAGAACAGUUUUUAUAUUCAAACCGAAUGUAUUUGACUCAUUCCUAAUUAGUCUCUCAUUUACGCAAUUUUGCGCCCUGAUGUUUUUUAUUGUAGGUUUAAGCUCCAUUUGAUUGUUAAGGAUGACACAGGAGAAACAAAACUGAUGUUACUUGACCAAAUUGCCAAGGGAAUGAUUGUCGAAUCGGCUGCGACUCUCUUGAAUGGAUCAUUUGAUGAGGUAUGCUUUACAUAGAUUUUUUUUGGGUUAUUUUCGAGAUACUUGAAUUUUUCCUUAUAUAUUCUGAUUUGGUAUUUUUGUCAUCUAGCUUGAGGAUCCCACAGAUUUGCCCGACGCCAUCCUUGCUGUUGUUGGAAAGACUUUCACCUUUGGAAUUUCUGUGGAAAAGGAACAUGUUUUGUAUGGAUCUGAAAUCUACAAGGUUGGGAAAAUCUACCGUCAAAGCCAAAUUGUUUUCAAUGAGUCAGCCAAUGUUGAGAGUUCUGAGUCUGAUCAAGAUCUAGCUCUUACAAGUGGAGAAGAGGUGAGACUGUAUUCUUAUAUUGAGUGAUGUGCAGUAUUAUAAAUUUUAAUGCAUUUGUUGUAUUAAUAAUGAGACUUGCUAAAGUUUAUGUUUCUUAUUUUUCAGAACUCUGUCAAUCUCCUUGACAAUGAAGAACACAUUGAAGGUUUGUCCACACCAUCCACCACACCAUCCACGAAGAGAAAGGGAGCAUGGUCAGACCCUCCACGCGAUAUCACUUCGACUUCAAAGAACCUUCGCUUAAAAACUAUCAAGGUGGAGAAGAUGAGUGAUUUGGAGGUUGAAGCAGGCAAGAAGACCUAAAUCUGCGAGGCUGAAGUUUCUGUUUUUUUUUUGUUUGGUUUUAUUUGUUUUCUUAUUUCUGAAGCAAUUUCAUGUUUUCAUUUUUUUUUUUAAUAAUUGUUUGGUUUUGGUUUUUUAUUUCUGGUUCUGUUUUUGGUUAAACUUAUUAUAAUAAAGUAUGCUUCAGAUAAUUUCUUUGCCUUUUUUCCUUUAAUUUUUUAAUUUCUAUAUUUAUUAUAUAGCAUUGCUUGCUGUGUAACCUAAUAUUUACUCUAAACUUCCUUAACUGUAUUCUAAAAUUUGUUAACUGUUUCGAUUGUUUACGUUUGUUUUGAUCGUUUACAUUCAUAAAAUUAAACUAACUAUU